AUGGAUAUAGGAAAGUUUGAAAUUAGAAUACAAGAGUUUCAAUCACAUAUAGAAACAUUGAAUACUACAAAGAAAGAGUAUCGCAAGUUGAUCAGUCAACUCAAGACAUUACCAGAUACAUUGACUCAAAAGACAAAGGUUCCUCUUGGCAAAUAUGCAUUCUUUGAAGGUGAAAUGGUCGAUACAAAUGAAGUAUUGAUUCUACUUGGUGAGAACUACUUUGCUCAACGAUCAGCAAAACAAACAAUUGAUAUCAUUCAAAGAAGAGAAAAGGAUAUCAAUGCAAAUAUAAAGAAUCUAACAACUCAAAUCGAUGCAUUAAGAGGUAAAAUGGAAGUAGCUACUGAUAUAUCAAAAGCACUUAGACAAAAUCGUGAUGAUAAUAUUAUAGAGAUUAAAGAGGAAUAUGACUCUGAUGAAGAAAAGAAGAAAGUAAAGUCUAAAAAGACGACAUCGACAACAUCGACAACAAAUGUUGAACAAAAACAACCAUUACCACCAAUUAAAAGAGACAAGGAAGAAGAAGAAGAAUUGAAUGCAAUGUUUUCAAGAUUAUUAGAAUUGGAAAAGAAGGAAAAACAAGCUGAAGAACAAGGUUUUGAUUUGGAUGGUGAAAAUGAUGAUGACGAUGACGAUGAAGAGGGAGAGGAAAUAGUAGAAUACUAUGAUGAAGAUGGAAAUAGAAUUGAUGUUGGUCCAGAUGACGAUGUUGAAUACAUUCAAGAAAAAGAAGAUGAGUCUGAUGGUGCUGAACAAUACGACGACGAUGAUGGAGAGUAUGGUGGUGGACGUAAAUUUACAGAUCACGGUGACAGAUACCAAGAUGAUGAAGAAUACCCAGAUGGCGAAGACGACAAUGAAGAAAUAAAUGAAGAAAUUGAAAGAGAAUUAAAAGAACAAAAAGAUAAUUCACAAGAGAUAUCAGAGAUUUCAGAUUACCUAAAAGAAAAAAGAGUUAAAUAUCAACAUUUAUUAGAUCUAAAACAUCAUCAACAAGAAACUUCAACUACAUCAACAACUCAAACAACAACUAUACCAAAAUCUAUUUUAAAACAAAAGAAAGAAAAAAAACCAAUUGAUAGAAAUAGUCCAAUUGAUUUUAUUAAAAACAAACAAGUUAGUUUCCAAGAUAUUAAAAAUGAUGUUUCCAAACCAAAUCCACCAACUCAAACAGUAUUUGGUGAGAUUGUUGAAAAGGAUAGUGAUCUAUUUGAAUUACCUCCAACAAACCAAAAUACACAACAUGUUGAAGAGACUGCUCCACAACCAAGAGUUAGAAAGAAUGAUAAUCCUUUAUACGAAUUAGAGUUUCCUAGUUCUUCACAAAAAGUAGUAAAAGAUCAAUCAUAUAUGCAACAAUAUAUAUUACAUAGCUCAUUAGAUAUAGUAGAAGAAGUAGUAUGGAAAUCAACAAAUAUGUAUCUAAAAAUAAUAGAUAAACAUAACAAAUACAAUAUAUCAUCAUAUGUAACAUCAGGUCAUAUUAAAUUUAUGUUAUUACACGAAAAGAAAGAUGAAGAAGCAAUCAAAAACUUUUUUGGUGAAGUUCAUGAUCUAUACAUAAAGAUACUUUUAAAUCCAUUUUAUACAUAUAAUACACCAAUUACUUCAACUGUUUUCGAUGCAAGAGUAAGAAAAUUGGGUGCAAAGUAUUUCUUUUAA